UGAAAACAAUGUUAAGUUUUACAUUGUUUACUAGUAUAGGUCGUUUCACAUAUUUAGAAAAAUUUCUAGUUUGCCGGUUUAGUGAAAUGGAAAUCUAAGGUAAAGGUUUGAAUUGCUUUUGUAUGCAGAAAUCGUUUACAAAUGGUGAUGUGAAGGAACUUUAAAACCAAAAGCAAAUACUAGUAUGUGUCAAAAUUCCACGUCUGGUAUGAAGUUUAAAAUAUUGAAGAGUAUUUUUUUAAAUGGACGUAUUAAAAAAAUUGGGUACCAAAACACUCAUUAACCAUUGUUUGUACUUGUACAUCAGAUACAAUUAUUCACAGGUAUUCCCAGAAAGUUUUGCCUCACAUAGACAUUCGUGUCGCAUUAAUUUGAUUUUGACGCAACUCUUUUGAUUAUUUUUAUAAUUUUCAAAACAAAAAGGUGAAACGGAGUUGGCAUUGCUGAACGGCGACAUACAUAUCAGCCACAUACAAGCAGGGAGGCCUUCUUCGCUUCGUGGGACGGCGUGACCAUCAAAUUAUAAAAUUUAUCGAAAAUGGAUACAGCAAUUAAAAUUGAGGAUUCCAACUGUAAUGUUCAUCAGUCGUCUGCAUUUAAUAAUAGUUCUUCGAUUUCUGCUAUUUUACAAAUGUGUCAAUCAAGUUGUAAUGAUUAUGCCGGUAUUCUUCCCGCUCAUCCACAUGACAUUAUUAGCGUAAAUAGUGUUGAACUUAAUGCACAAACAUCGUUAAGUGAUGACUCUGGUGUUCCACUUACUACAAACAGCUCAAUAUCUAGUGGAGAUUCGUAUCGAAUGGGCUUAUGCAGGCAUGAAGUUGAAAUUGUUGAAAGUGAUGGUGAAGUCUCUCAGUUUGAUUCACUUGAUAAUUGCUCCGAAGGGGGAAUGAGCGCGGAAAAUUUCAAUACAUUAAAAAAGGGCCCCUCGGCACCAAUAGACCCCCCCAUAGAAUUUCAAGACUCACCUAAUAUAGCAGUUGGCCGGUCCAUUAAACAGCAACUGAGGCGUUUAUCAUCUUCACAUUCAUCUCUAGAACAAUCAAAAGACUCUGAACGUAAUGAAAGCAAUAUCCGAGUGGACAGAAUUUUUUGUAAAGACACAGAUAUAGAAGUGGCUGCUCAAUAUUUUGAUAGAACACGUAAAGAACUUUACCUCAUGAGGAAACCUAUAUACUCAAGUGACUCAAUUCUUAGCAAUAAUAUGGAAAACGCUUAUGAUGAGCCCAAUAACGCGAUAGGCAAUUAUGGUUUUGACAAUGCUCAAAUGACGGAGCCGCAUACGUUUUCAGUUUCACCACCUUUACCACCAGCAUCACAUACUUCUAUUGAACAAAAAAAAGAUAUAUGUUCAUAUUAUCAAGACCAAACUAAGUACUUUAAGGCAAUAACAUCGGAACAAGAUAGCAUAAUAAGUGCUGCACAUAAGUUCAAUACAUCUGGUCUAUCUGAAAUCCACGAUUAUGAUCUAUACUAUGGAUUAAAGAGAAACACGUUUCAAUGCGAAAACGGCAUACAAAAAAAUGUACUUUACAGUCCUCGAAAUCUUUCAAAUUAUUGUCACGGUCACCACGUUUAUACAGGAACAAAUGGGUCUGCAAAUAGACCAAAUUCUAGGAACUCUCUUAACAGCAGACUCUCUAGUUCACAUAACUCAUUACGCACAUCAUCUGCAAAUAAACCUGACGAUUCCAUAUUCAUUACUCAGGCAAUGUCGCAUGAUGCGUUACUAACAAGGGAAAUAUCUGAUUUUUACAACGUGCCUAUAGAUUCUGAUAUAUAUGCUCUACCAAUAGAUAUGGUAAAAACAGAUAAAUAUAGCGGAGUGCAAAACAAAGAAGAUACAAUUAAAGAAUAUAAAAAACUGAAUAAUUUAAUUUUAACUGAGGAAGGGUACUGUAAACAUUCAAAAUUAAGUCGCAAGAAUAAUAAAAACAAACGAAAAAAACGUAACAGCGAUUAUUAUGAAAGCGACAUGACAAACGCAUUUACAUCUACGAAUAAAAAGUCGGCUAAUUUAGAUUCGACGGAGGAUUAUGGUAUACAUAAUGAUGGUCAUACGUUCUUAGAAUUGGGCGAACCACAAGAACGACUCCAGAUGACGUUGAAUGAAGUGAAAAAAUAUUACCACACGCUUUACUCUAGUACAAAUAACUCAACAGAUAAAAAUAAUGAGUCGGUAAAAACUGAUAUAGUAAAACGUUCUAAUGAAACAAUAUGGAGUGAAUCGUCUCCAAGGUUACAAAAUAAUCUUUGUUCUAUUAAAGACAGUGAAUUCAAGUUAAGCGCCAGGACUUUUAAAAACUGUAAUGAAAAUAAUGACACAAUUAACAACAACAACAUAAAUAAAAUCGUCUUUUCUGAUAACUAUAACAUUACCCAAAACCGGCUAAUAAAGGUCGAUGAAGUAGAUUCAUCCUUCCAAGUUAUACGAACUGAAAAAAAAACACAGUUUUCUCUUAAUUUGAAGAAAAAGUUUUGUAAUAUAUUUCGUAUUCGCCGAACUCAACGGCCAUUCCAAACAAACCCGUCGAGUACGGAACCCAUGACUGUCAGUCGGGAUCGUCGACACACUGUAGAGAAGCAUAAGAAAUUUCAAUCAAGAGCAUUACCUCCCUUACCCAAAAAGGCUGAGCCGUUAAAUCCGCAAUGCAAAGGAAAUUCAAAGAAGAAACAGGAAUACCGAUCCCAACAAUUUACUUCCAGCAUCGAAAAAGUGAAGGAUUACGGAUGGUACUGGGGUCCUUUGUCAAGCGAAGCAGCGGAGAAAGUCCUCUCUACCGAACCAGAUGGAAGUUUCAUUGUACGAGACAGUUCUGAUGAUCAUUAUAUAUUCUCCUUGAGCUUUAAACUAAAUAAUUGUGUCCGCCACGUUCGAAUAGAGCAAGAUCAAGGUAAUUAUUGCCAUUAAUAUUUAUAAUAAAAUGUUUUCUAAUAAAACA